ACCGCCGGAGCCGCCGAGAGCACUUGCGGACUGGGACUGGACACUGGAUCGGCCGCACCAUGAGACUCCUCCCCCGCCUGCUUCUGCUGCUCUUGCUGGUAUUCCCCGCCACCGUUUUGCUCCGAGGCCGCCCAGCAGGCUCAUUAGCAGUGGCACAGGAUCUUACAGAGGAUGAAGAAACAGUGGAAGAUUCAAUAAUUGAAGAUGAAGACGAUGAAGCUGAGGUAGAAGAAGAUGAACCCACAGAUUUGGCAGAAGAUAAAGAGGAAGAAGAUGUAUCUGGUGAACCUGAAGCAUCACCAAGUGCAGAUACAACUAUCCUGUUUGUGAAAGGAGAAGAUUUUCCAGCAAAUAACAUAGUGAAGUUCUUGGUAGGCUUUACAAACAAGGGUACAGAAGAUUUUAUUGUGGAAUCCCUAGAUGCCUCAUUUCGUUAUCCUCAGGACUACCAGUUUUAUAUCCAGAAUUUCACAGCUCUGCCUCUGAACACUGUAGUGCCACCCCAGAGACAGGCCACUUUUGAGUAUUCCUUCAUUCCUGCAGAGCCCAUGGGUGGACGACCCUUUGGUCUGGUCAUCAAUCUGAACUACAAAGACUUAAAUGGCAAUGUAUUCCAAGAUGCUGUCUUCAAUCAAACGGUUACAGUUAUUGAAAGAGAAGAUGGGUUAGAUGGAGAAACAAUCUUUAUGUAUAUGUUCCUUGCUGGUCUUGGACUUCUGGUUGUUAUUGGCCUUCAUCAACUCCUAGAAUCUAGAAAGCGCAAGAGACCCAUACAGAAAGUAGAAAUGGGUACAUCAAGUCAGAAUGAUGUUGACAUGAGUUGGAUUCCUCAAGAAACUUUGAAUCAAAUCAAUAAAGCUUCACCAAGAAGACUGCCCAGGAAGCAGGCACAGAAGAGAUCAGUGGGAUCAGAUGAGUAAAUGUUCCUUUGUGCAACAAUUCAGUCUGUACUUACCCUGCCCUAAUGUUUUUCGGCCUGAUGGGAAUUAGUGCAGAGAAGCCAUAUCACCAUAGAAGGCAACUACGGCUUAUGUGUGGACUGAGCAAUCAGAGUCUGUGGCGAUAAUACUGCUGAAAAUGCACUGCAUUCGUUUUUCUAAAGUAAC